GAAUGGUCUUAUUAGGUUGGGAGAGGCGGAGCCCCCUACUAAAUAUUUAUUUACAUAGUCCGAUUGAGUGUGUUUUCAUUUUACAAAUCAAUCAAAAUCCGUUCGUCGUCGACAAUGGGGAUUUCAACUCCGCACGUCUUUGAUGUCUUCGUUUACGGCAGUCUCCUCUCCGACGAUGUUGUUCGCGCCCUCCUCAGCCGCGUUCCUCCUUCUUCGCCUGCACUUCUUCCUCACCACCAAAGAUUUAGUAUCAAGGGACGUGUUUACCCCGCAAUUAUACCUGUUCAAGAUAAUAAAGUUUCAGGGAGGGUGCUCCAUGGCAUCACUCCUCCUGAAAUUCACAUUCUCGAUGAAUUUGAAGAUGUUGAGUAUGAGAGAACAGCUGUUGAUGUACUUCUAAAGGAUGGUUCUGAGAAGGUGCAAGCUCAUGCAUAUAUCUGGAUGAACAAGGACGAUCCAGACUUACACGGCGAGUGGGAUUUCGAGCAAUGGAAAGUAUUGCACAUGGAGGGAUUCUUGAAGAUGACUACAGAAUUCAGGGAAGAACUGGAGCUUCCCGAUUCAAAAAGUCGCGUUGCAACGUACGAGUCUUUUUACAAGGGAACUGAGAAUGAUCCCUCUGUAAGUCAUAACUCUCAUGAUACUUGUUCAUUCUCACAUUAGGCAAUAAGUCGUAGUACUGAGCGUGUGAUCACAACCCUCUGAAAGAUAUAUUUAGCAUUGGGGAUUCCAGUUUCCACAGAUGCAUGUUGCAGCUAUUUAGCAUCUCCACAUAUGUAUAAUGGGUGUGAAGUAAAAUUUUUAAUUUGGUGAUUUGUAAUCCUAUUGGUCCUCAGAACAUUAUAUAUAUAUAUAUAUUUGGUUUGUUAUUAAGCUA